CGCUGUAAUUGGUUUUUUAAUGAUAAAAGUAGAUGAGAUGGCAGGAGGGGAGAUGAUGUUAUUUUUGCUCUUUUUUUGCCCGCGCGUCGAGACGACUUUCGCGCUGUGCUGUCUGGAUGGGGUCGCAGCCAAUCACAUAGCCAGUAGAUAAGAUUAGAUCUGAUCGCCAAGGCCAGGCCGAAUUCUCCCAAGUCCGGCUUGAGUCGGCGGAACCGCAUCACUCAACGGCCGCAGUCCCCAACAUACACACGUCAAUUGGAGAGGCCAUGGAUUAUAUUUAAGGGGCUUGUCAAUUGCUUUUGGCUUCGUCAUUGAGACACAGACCCCUCCGAUGUUACUCUAACGCCGCAAUUCCAACCGCAAUUACCCUCCAUUUUUGCUUUUCCUCACCAAUUGAUCAUGCCGCCUCACCUCCAUCCCCGGUCCCGGUCGACCGCCUCCCUUUUUGCCACGACCCUCCUGGCCUCUUUGGUGGUUGUGGGUUUACCACACGUUUUCCCAUGCCCCGCCCCGCGUCGCACACUCGCCGAUUCUGAGAUGACGGUCACAGCGGAUGGACAACAAGUACAGAGAAUUCGGCGACGGAGGAGGAAGGACGCAGAGAUGCUCGACCGGGAGAAUACACCAUACACGGCGCCUCAACCGGCCGACGAAGAGGUGUCGACUUUCUUCCAGAUGGAGGCCGAAGCAGAGAAAUUGGAACAUGUCCGGAGGCAAUGUCCAGUGCCUAAACCCAGUGGGGUUUUGGGAGAUUUACUAGGAUUCUCGGAUCAGAAAGGUACCUCACAGAAGCAGGGGAGGGAAGAAUUUUAAGGAUCGGUUCAUUUCGAUGGAGAAGAGCCAACGGCCUACUCGGGUCUUUGAAAAAAAAAAAAAAAAAAAGAAAGAAAGAAAGCAUUUGGUUCCAUUUUACAAUUAUGAUACUCGCAAGGUUCUAAUGAGAACCAAUUGGUUUAGAGGGUCAAAAAGGGUGUGUGUUUCUGGGUACUAGCGUUAUAUCCCAUCAUUUUCCUGUACAGAUAGUUGUUGCAACAUUUUACGAUUGACAGAUAUUGUGUUAUUAUACCUGUAUAUCAAUAAACGAAUUACAUCUCAUGCAAUCCAUCAAUUUGGUCAAAUUGGCGAGUCUGCUGUAUCCAUAACCCCGGCUGUCAUCUGUGGUGAUAUCAAAACAAACACGCUAAGCCGGAAAGGGAU